AAGGAAGAGGAGGAGUUUGCUGCUGCACGGGCCGCUGUGCCGGUUGGGAGCGCACGUGUGGGUCCUGGGCCGAGCCCAGCGGGAGGAAGAGGAGGAAAGAAGGAAAAGGAGGAGGCUGCUGUGGCUUGUUCCAGGCCGUGCUGGCUCCGUGCAGACGCCGUGCAGACGUCGCGGCCCCUCCGCUGGCCUCCGGCUCCGUCUGCUCAUCCGCUCGCAGCGGUUGCAGGGGUGCCAGCUGCAGCAACAAGAGCAGCAGCAGCGGCCACCGCCUCCUCCUCCGCGGCUCCCGCAGCUCCUCCCUUCCGGCGUUGGCCUUGGCCGGGCCCCGCCUCCGGCCUGCGGGAGGGACGGCGGAGGGAGGUGGUCAGGUCGGCGCGGCGGCUCGGUGAGGCCUGCCCGUGUGUCCGGCGCCGGGGUGGCCCUGCGGGCCGGAGGGCGGCGGCGGGCGGCAUGGGGGAGGACGAGUGCAGGGUCCUGUCCAUCCAGAGCCACGUUGUCAGGGGCUACGUGGGAAACCGGGCGGCCGCUUUCCCCCUGCAGGUUUUGGGAUUUGAAAUCGACACGGUGAACUCUGUCCAGUUUUCAAACCAUACAGGUUAUGCGCACUGGAAGGGCCAGGUCUUGAAUGCUGACGAACUUCAUGAGCUCUAUGAGGGUCUUAAGCUGAACAAAGUGAAUAAAUAUGAUUAUGUGCUCACUGGCUACACUAGGGAUAAGUCAUUCCUGGAAAUGGUGGUGGAUAUAAUCAAGGAGCUGAAACAACAGAACUCGAAGCUGGUAUACGUUUGUGAUCCAGUGAUGGGUGACAAGUGGAAUGGAGAAGGCUCCAUGUAUGUUCCAGAAGACCUCCUUCCAGUCUACAAAGAGAAAGUGGUUCCCAUGUCAGAUAUAAUCACUCCAAAUCAGUUUGAGGCUGAGUUACUUACUGGCAGGAAGAUUCAUACUCAAGAAGAAGCUUUAGAGGUGAUGGACCUGCUUCAUUCCCUGGGACCAGAGACAGUUGUCAUCACCAGCUCAGACCUGCCAUCUUCUUUAGGGAGUGACUACCUGAUUGCUCUGGGGAGUCAGAGGAAAACAAAAUCUGAUGGCACCAAAGUGACAGAGAGAAUCCGAAUGGAGAUGCGUAAAGUGGAUGCAGUGUUUGUGGGGACUGGAGACUUGUUUGCUGCCAUGCUGCUGGCUUGGACACACAAGCACCCUAAUAAUCUCAAGGUGGCGUGUGAGAAGACCGUGUCAGCCAUGCAUCACGUUCUGCAGAGGACCAUGGAAAGCGCCAGAGCACACGCUGGAAAAGGAAAGAAGCCCAGCCCAGCUGAACUGGAACUGAGAAUGGUCCAAAGCAAAAAGGACAUAGAAAACCCAGAGAUCAUAGUGAAAGCCACUGUGCUAUAAAGGCUGUGAGAGGAGUGUGUGUGUGUGUGUGUCGCCCAGUAACGCACAAUGUAUUAAUAUCUUCCUUUUCUUUCUUGUUAAAAUGUCAUGUCUGCCUUAGGUCUGUGACUAAACCUCAAAUAUUGUCUCUUUCAUGAAAUGGUUUCCCUCAUCAGCACAGUUCUGCUGGAAUGAGGAUAGGUGCUGGGAUAGGUGCUGGUUAGAGUUGAUUGAAAACAAACAAAAAUCCUCAUAUUUGAAAAAAGAAAAGCCGACUCAGGACUGUCACUGAGAUAACUAGUUACCAACAUGCUCUCCCCCACCUCCCCGCCCCAAGUUCACUUGACCUCUUUACUGCCUUAGGAUGUCAGACAAUUCUUAGAUCUCCUCCUAACACCCUCCAUUGGCUCUACUGAGACAAAAAAAAAAAAUAACCCCACAGAGCACCCAGUUACAUUGGACAAUUUCAGCUCUUGGGAGGAAAUGGACCAAUACACAAUUUGACCUCAUGCGGAGCCAGUGGGGUUGACUCCCUCACCCAUUAUGAUGGUUAAAUGAGAGACUUAGUUUCUUGAUAAGUGCGAGACUCAGUGAGUUAAAAUUGGUCUGCCACUGAGGGGGUCUCCUGGAGACCUUAAGCAUUCUGUUUGGGAUAAAACUUUGGAUUUUGUUAUUCUCCCCCCCCGUUUCUCUGGAAGACAUCAAAGCAUUGCUUUUCUGGAUGGGCUACUUUUUUGGUGCCUGGACACCAUAAAUAUUCCCUUUUCUUCCAGUCCUAGAGGAAAAGGAACUAAAUAUUUUUAGCCUAGGCCUGUUUAGAAGCAAACCAUCUAGUAUCCCAGUUUGGCUUUCCCUUAUUCUCCACAGACAUUUUACCAAAAAGCCUCAUCCGAGAAGAGGUUGUGGUGAUCAACAUUGAGGCCUUUAGCAUCUUUAUCAGCAAUCUGAUGAUGUGAAGCCAGCUGGACUCUUUAUAAUCAAUGGGGUUUUGGGCAGUGCUGAGAGCACUUCUGCCAUGCCCCUCCCCACCCCUCACACCCAGUGACAUUCCUGGUUAGCCCAAAUGGAUGUAAAACACUAUGUUAACACUUCAAGGAAGUGUUCUGUGCAAAUGCUUUUACUAGAGAUUCUGAUUUUAACUAUGGAAGGCAAUGGUGGUGGAGCCCCAAUCUUGCUUGGAUUUCCAAUUUUGGGAUAUUGUCUUUUCUUGCUACUGGAGGCACUGGUAGAGCACAGGGAAAUCACAGUGACUGUGAGGAAGUAGAGACAGGCCCAGUGACCAGAUACCGAGCCCAGAGAGGAUGAUGGGACUCUGUCCACACUGUCUUCACCUCCCCCUAUUCCCCCCAGCUCUGGGCAUUACUGGCCAGCAGCAUGCUUAAAAAAUAUAACAGUAUCAGUAAGCCCUUGGUGUUUGAAGCAUUUUUAUUCCCAAAGCACCCCGUCAGAACUUACCUCACAGUGGUCCCAACAACAACCUCAUGAGGUAAGAAGAAAGGCAGGUAUUAUCCCCAUUUUGCAGUUCAGAAACUAAGGCUCAGGGAGGUCAAGUGACUUGCCCAAGGUCACCCAGAUGGCUGGUGACAGAGCUGGGACUUGAACCCGGGCCCUCUGGCUUCCAGACCGGCAUUCUCUGGCUUCACAGGGGUGGCUCUGGAAAGGAGCUUGGGAGAGGGAUGAGUGCAGGGUACUGUGGGGCAGCCGGCCUUGUGACCCUUCCAAGAAAUGGAGGCACAAAUAGGGCCAUUGCACAUCACCUGCUUCUUCUAUUGAGGUGCUGUCCAAGCUCUCGAUUGCCUCCUCUUCCCCUUGCCUCCUCCUGCCCAUCUGUCCCAUGGGACAUCACCUCCCUGGUUUCUUGACUUGUUUUUACUGAUUGCUCUUCCCUUGCCCCUAGUGGAAUGAGACAGUGUGGUGCAUUAGGAUUAUAGGGUCUGUGUUCCAAAUCUAGCAAGUGUGCUCUGAGACUGUGCUGCCCUGGAAGUGUGGGGCUCUGCUCCCAAAAGCAGUCUUCUUGAAAUCUCUUUCCCACUUGGUGAGGCCUGAGCCAGGAAGGAUAUUAUUUGAAAAGCACUCCCCUGCUCAAUUCCUGCUACAGUAGGUACUGGCCACCUCUCCGCUUGCUUAGAGUGAUCCACUCUCCAGCUGGCUCAUACUGGGGAGUUUAGGGCUUUAUGUGCCUCUCCGGUAUCAGGUGAGAAAUAAGCAGCAGAGUUCUGCCACUUCCCACCAUCCCUGGAGUCUGGGAAAGAGGAUUUGAUCCCGCUCACCUUUAUACGCUCAUGUAUGUCACUCAUAAGCUUUGCUGCUGGAAUAGAGCCUGAGAGCUGACCAUCUAUGCUGUCCUUAUCUUUGGUCUUUCCGGAAAGACUCAUUUCUUGAUUAAUUAUAUUCUUUGAACCCUGAAGCAGAGGAAAUCUUGGCAGGAGGGAAUUUCAACUACUCAAACCAUACCAUUCUCAUGUUUAAAUUUUCAUUUCACUUUUUUUUUUUUUAAACCACUUGGCAUUUCGUUAAUGGGUGCUUCCAGUGGUUUUCCAGAGGUUUUCGCUCCAGUAAGGCCAAAGAGCUAUCGAUUCCAUGUCAAGGCAAGUAAUUCUGUUUCCUAGAACUGAGGUGACAGAUUCAGGAGGUUUUUCUGCCUUGUAUAGCUAAAAGUGAUAUACCUUCCUGGUGACGAAAGAGAGGGGGGAUGAUGUGUUUCUUGCCAUCCUAGAUUAGAAUGUUCCUGUCACUUGCAAACCCUCCCCAAAGAUGCUCUGUUUCCACUGGAGAGUCAAGAGCCCAUAGGAACACUGAUCUUCAUUGGUGAAGUCUGGGUCUUUUACGAAGCUUUUAGGUGUAAACAUUGGGCAUAUCAAAUGAAAUCAGGCAAAAUAGAACAAUUGGGUUGAAAUGGGUGAAACCAGACAUCGUUAGAAAAUGAAAGGGAGAGCUUCCCAGUUUAGAUACAGUAGCUCAAAAGGCACUGUAACAAGGGACACUUGGGAGAUAUAUUAAUAUGGUGAUUUCAUGCAACAUUAUCCUUUUGGGUGAAUAUACUCUUCUGAUAGAAGCGCCCUUUUUAGUUAUGGUAGAGAAAGCGUAGGCUCCAAGCAAAAUGGGUACACAUUUCGGUCAAUCCUGCACCAAAUCUGAUAAAUACAUAUAUAGGUAACAAGACCAAAUUACCCUCUUAAUCCCUUCUGGUGGUAAUCCUAACCAAAUUGUGGCUCUCGAAACCUAUAAAUCCUCCCAUCUCUUGCCACUGCUUUAUAUUUUAGAAACCACCCUGUCAUUCAGAUGAAGGACAUGAGGACUGCAUGCCAGAUCUCACUUUAAAAUGCUUGCAUUUCCUCUUACCAAAAAAAAAAAGCAAUUAAACUAAGCAAAUGAAUGUGAUUCCCAAUUGCAAAGCUCUUCAUAUCUUCAUACAGAGCUUGACAUUCAAGAUGAUUGCCCAGCAAUAAUUAUAGCCCCUAUGGGAAAAGCACAAAAGGAUGUGUUGAAAUAUCCUGAUUUUUAUGUAGCUUAUUAUAUAGUUGUAGGAGGCUUUGGGGAAAUUCUGAAGACUUUUAUUUUCUAAUAUGGAGCUACCAAAAGUCUGUUCUUUUUAGCUUGGAUCAUUUAUUUGGGGAUUAGACCUGCAGUCACCUAGCAAUGAUGGAAAGGUGCAAUAUCUCUCUAAAUAUGCAGCUCACGAAAUUGAAUGUCAUCAGUAGCAGUGUUGAACAGUUCUUGAGAGGGUGUGCCUAAUAGCCAUGAUAGUCAGUUUACCUCAGUUUUCGCUUAUGGGGUCCAGGAAGAUGCCAACAAAGACCUACAUUAUAUAACAAGAAGCGAUAAAUGAAGCGGGCCAGAUUACUUCUGAAAGGCCUUGGUUUUAUUUUCAGAAUCUGUCAGCACUGUUUCGGGCCUCAUUUUCUCAGUCCUUCCUCGGGCCAGGUAGUUCUCAAUUUUAGCUUAAGGAAAGCUAACAAAGCGUGGCCCUUUUUAGAUUAGCUGUUUUCACCUAUUAUCUGGCUCGACUCUGGUGACUGUAUUAGUCUAUUUUAAUUAGCUCUAUGUAUCAAGAAACGUUGUAAAAAUGAUCUAUGUUUAAUAUACCGUGCUUAAAAAAUUAGAGCCUAUUUUUAAAGAUGUUGAUGAUUUCAAAAUAGACCAAACUUGGUUUGAUUGCACUGAUGCGGAAAGGUGGGUUUAACUACGGUUUUCUUAGUGUGGGGUGGAGGAGGCAGGGGGCAGCCUACACUGUGAUGCCUGAAGUGCCCUGAUGUAAAAAGAAUGACUUUAUGACUGGAAAAUAAAUACAUAUAUUUAUUAGCAUUUUAG